UGUUUACCAGAGCGAGGGAGUAAGACAGAGAGUGAAAAGCAGCUACAUUGCACCAGUUUGAAACUUAUGAAACAUUUUCAUCCACAGCUGCCUUUCAGCUCAACCGAUCACAUCCUGCUGCAUCAGCUUUACUUUCUUAUCCAACUGACCUUGCUGACAAGCAGCCCGGUCUGCCUCUCGAGGAACUUAAAGGUUUCAGAAGAGGUUCAUCUAGUGUUGGAGUGGUCAGAGGCAGCCGGAGUCAUGGCUGUGACCCAGGAUCACAGUGUGUGUCUGGGGCUCUGGGUGCUCCUUGUCCUUGGUGUGAUGUUGGAGGAGCCCGUGGAAGCAUGCAGCUGUUCCCCAGCGCACCCACAGCAUCUCUUCUGCAGUGCUGAGAUCGUUGUAAGAGCAAAGAUCUCUGGAGAGAAGAUUGUGUCGCCUAGCAACAGCUCCUCACCGUAUAUGAAGAUGAUUCAAUAUGAAAUCAAAAUGAUCAAGAUGUUUAAAGGUUUUGACAAGGCCAAAGACAUCCAGUAUGUGUACACUCCAGUCUUCUCUUCACUGUGUGGAGUCAAACUGGAUGCCAACAACAAGGCCGGGUAUCUUCUAUCAGCAGGAAGCAUGUGGAGCGAUGGGAGGAUUUCUAUUGGCCAGUGUGACCUGGUGGAAUCCUGGGACAAUUUGUCACUGUCACAGAAGAAAAAUCUCAACUACAGAUACCAGAUGGGCUGUGAAUGCAGAAUCAACACGUGUUACACCGUGCCGUGUGCAUCUACAGGAGAGAAUGAGUGCUUGUGGACAGACUGGCUGCUGGAUAACAGCCUAAAUGGGGAGCAGGCUCGGCAGUAUGCCUGCAUCCGCCGCUCUGACACAACCUGUAGCUGGUACCGGGGCGGGCCGCCCCCUGAGAAAGACUUCAUGGAUAUGACUGAUCCUUGAACUGUAAUCCUGACCUUCAUGUCACCCCUGCAAUGCCUACAAUGACACAUUUCUCUACUGCUUUGCCUCAGUUUUGGGGACCGAUGCUAAUGUGUAAAGUAGUAACUGAUUUAAUUAAAAACAUGUAAGGGUGUGACCCAACACUGAGCUCUGAUAGCAGGGUGAAAGAGGUUGCUACAGCAGUGUUCAAAACAUUUUCAGAAGCUACAGUGCAUUUGGAAAGUAUUCAUGGCACUUCACUUUUCCCACAUUUUAUGUUACAGCCUUAUUCCAAAAUGGAGUAAA